AUGAAGAUUUUUUAUAAAGCUUUAUUUGCACUUAGCUGCAUCGUAGCUACGGGACUAGCGGAUCCUCAAGCAAAAGGCAAAGGAGGUAAAACGGCCCCACCUACCGAGAGGUUAAACUGUAAAAUUGUUGAACCCGCUCCGAAUGCAAUAUGGACAAUGGGUCAACCUCAGACCGUUUCUUGGUCAUGUGAGGUCAAGGGUCCCAUUGAAUCACAACCACCUGAACAAUUAAUUCACAUCGAAUUGGGUACUGGUACUAGUAAGGCUGACUUUUUAUAUGUUGAUACUAUUGACGCUGUUGCUAAAGCUCGUGAGGUUAAAUUUACUUUCAAUUUACUUGAAACAUAUCCGGAAGGAACAAAUUAUAUUGUAAGGUUAAGAUCAAAAUUGAAGAACGAUAAAGAUCCUGUCACUGUUGAAGAAUCAAAUUUAUUACCUUGGGUUUAUUCUGGCCCAAUCACUAUUAUUAAAAAAGGCACUGAUCCUAAAUCGCUUCCAAAAGCUAAAGCUCCUGUAACAAAGGCUCCAACAGAAACCGGAGCAAAAAACCCAAAAGAAUCAGAUGGCAAAGCUCCUGUAACAAAGGCUCCAACAGAAACCGGAGCAAAAAACCAAAAAGAAGCAGAUGGCAAAGCUCCAAAAGCUCAAAAAGGUAUAGAAGCCGAUGAACCAAAAGGCAAAGAUGCAGCUAAAACAAAAGCUGUUGAAGGUACCCCUGCUAAAGGUGUUUCAAACGCAAGCGCAACACCUGAUGCCAGUUCUGCUGCUUCAUCUGAGCUUGGCAAUAUAUUAUUAUUGGGGUUGUGCAUGUUCUCAUCUUAUUUGGCUCUGUAA